AUUAAGCGAAGUAUGCUUAGCCAUAUCGAUGUAGACAGUAACAGCAGAUGUCACCUCCAUAGAUGUCACCUCCUGCCACUUCCUCCCAACACACACGGGACUAAGUCCUGGACAAUACUAUCUCUUGUAAUCUUCAGAGCAGCCCUAUGAAGAACAUGACAACCUGUGUGUGGUUCAUCCUGGAGGAAGAAGACUUCAGCCAUUGUGAAGCCUGAGAAUCCAGUGAGUGUGACGUUUCUCCAGGUGCUUGAUGGUAUUCUACUCUGUACGCUCCACACUACUGUUCCACACAGCUCCUGAACCAUGGGGGAAAACGAAGAUGAGAAGCAGGCCCAGGCGGGACAGGUGUUUGAGAACUUCGUCCAGGCAUCCACAUGCAAAGGGACUCUGCAGGCCUUCAACAUCCUCACACGACAUCUGGACCUAGACCCUCUGGACCACAGAAACUUUUAUUCCAAGCUCAAGUCCAAGGUGAACACCUGGAAGGCCAAAGCCCUGUGGUACAAAUUGGACAAGCGUGGCUCUCACAGGGAGUAUAAGCGAGGGAAGACGUGUAUGAACACCAAGUGUCUCAUCAUCGGGGGAGGACCGUGUGGUUUACGCACUGCCAUUGAACUUGCCUACCUGGGAGCCAAAGUGGUCGUGGUGGAGAAGAGGGACACCUUCUCCCGGAACAACGUGCUACACCUCUGGCCUUUCACUAUCCAUGACCUGCGGGGCCUGGGAGCCAAGAAGUUCUACGGGAAGUUCUGUGCUGGCUCCAUCGACCAUAUCAGUAUUCGCCAACUGCAGCUCAUCCUAUUCAAGGUGGCUCUGCUUUUGGGUGUUGAAAUCCACGUGAAUGUGGAGUUUGUGAAGGUUCUAGAGCCUCCCGAAGAUCAAGAAAAUCAAAAAAUCGGCUGGCGGGCAGAGUUUCUCCCCAUAGACCAUGCUCUGUCAGAGUUUGAGUUUGAUGUCAUCAUUGGUGCCGAUGGCCGCAGGAACACCCUAGAAGGGUUCAGAAGAAAAGAAUUCCGUGGGAAGUUGGCUAUUGCAAUCACCGCCAACUUCAUAAACAGAAACAGCACAGCUGAGGCCAAGGUGGAAGAGAUUAGUGGUGUGGCUUUCAUCUUCAAUCAGAAAUUUUUUCAGGACCUUAAGGAUGAAACAGGGAUUGACCUCGAGAACAUUGUUUACUAUAAGGACUGCACCCACUAUUUUGUCAUGACAGCCAAGAAGCAGAGCCUGCUGGACAAAGGUGUCAUCAAAAACGACUACAUCGACACAGAGAUGUUGCUGUGUGCGGAGAACGUGAACCAAGAUAACCUGCUCUCCUAUGCCCGGGAAGCUGCGGACUUCGCUACUAACUACAAGCUGCCAUGCUUAGACUUUGCCAGGAACCACUACGGGCAGCCCGACGUGGCCAUGUUUGACUUCACCUCCAUGUACGCUUCAGAGAAUGCAGCCCUGGUGCGGGAGCGGCAGGCACACCAGCUGCUUGUAGCCCUCGUGGGUGACAGCUUACUCGAGCCAUUUUGGCCCAUGGGCACAGGGUGUGCCCGUGGCUUCCUGGCAGCCUUUGACACGGCAUGGAUGGUGAAGAGCUGGAGCCAGGGUUGCUCUCCCCUGGACCUGCUGGCUGAGAGAGAAAGUCUUUACCGGCUGUUACCUCAGACGACCCCAGAGAACAUCAACAAGAACUUUGAGCAGUACACGCUGGACCCAGGGACCCGGUACCCAAACCUCAACUCAAACUGUGUCAGGCCCCACCAGGUAAAGCAUUUAUUCAUCACGAAGGAGCUGGACCACUGCCCUCUCCAGAGACAGGGUUCCUUGAGGAGAUCCAUCAGCCUCUCCAGGAGGGAGUCAGACAUCCGGCCCAACAAGCUCUUAACCUGGUGCCAGCAGCAGACCGAGGGCUACCAGCAUGUCAAUGUCACCGAUCUGACCACAUCCUGGCGCAGCGGCCUGGCCCUCUGUGCCAUCAUCCACCACUUCCGGCCUGAGCUGAUCAACUUCGACUCUUUGAAUGAAGAUGACGCUGUGGAGAACAACCAGCUGGCAUUUGAUGUGGCUGAGCGUGAGUUUGGGAUCCCUCCAGUGACCACAGGCAAAGAGAUGGCAUCAGCACAGGAGCCAGACAAGCUCGGCAUGGUCAUGUACCUGUCCAAGUUCUACGAGCUCUUCCGGGGCACCCCGCUGAGGCCUGUGGAUGUUUGGCGCAGAAACUAUGGAGACAAUGCUGACCUCAGCUUGGCUAAAUCAUCCAUUUCUAAUAACUAUCUCAACCUCACAUUUCCAAGGAAGAGGACCCCACGAGUGGAUGGCCAAAUCGGAGACAGUGACCUGAACAAACGAAGGCGGAAAGGCUUCAGUAACCCGGAAGAGCCUUCAACCUUUUCUACCUGUAGCUUGGACUCCAACCAGGAGGGCAGCAGCAGUAGGGAAGGUGGAAAUCAGAACAAAGUCAAGUCCAUGGCAAACCAGCUGCUGGCCAAGUUUGAGGAGAACACUCGGAACCCCUCGCUCCUGAAGCAGGAACAGAAGCCACCUUCCGAUUUCCAUUUCCACCCCAGCCACUUAAGAACAGUACGGCCUACUCAGCUGACAGUAGGGAAGGUGUCCAGUGGAAUAGGGGCUGCAGCUGAAGUCCUGGUCAAUCUGUACAUGAAUGAUCACAGACCUAAGGCCCAGGACACCUCUCCAGACCUGGAAUGUGUGCGGAAGUCGUCAUUCCCCCUGAACCUGGGUGGCAGUGACACCUGUUACUUCUGUGAGAAGCGUGUGUACGUCAUGGAACGACUGAGUGCCGAAGGCCACUUCUUCCACCGCGAGUGUUUCCGCUGCAGCGUCUGUGCCACCAUCUUGCGCUUGGCUGCCUACGCCUUUGACUCAGACGAAGGCAAAUUUUACUGCAAGCCGCACUUCAUUCACUGUAAGGCCAACAGCAAACAACGGAAGAGACGGGCAGAGCUGAAGCAACAGAGAGAGGAGGAGGGGACAUGGCAAGAGCAGGAAGCCCCUCGCAGAGACACUCCCUCGGAAAGCUCUUGUGCUGUGGAGGCCAUCAGCACCCCGGAAGGCAGCCCCCCAGAUGAGCCCACUUCCCCCAAGAAGCCAAAGAGCAUCCCUGAGCCACAGCACAGUGAUGGGGAAGGGGAAGCCACCUCUGGCCUGCCCUCUGAGUGGACCUCAGUGAGGAUCAGCCCUGGAGAGGACGCAGGGGGGCAGGAUGUGCUGGCUGUGCGUGUCCUGGUCACCAGUGAGGACAGCAGCUCUGAUGCAGAGUCCGACUAUGGCAGCAGCGAGGACACCGGUGCAGAGCCCUGUGAGGAGUGGCCCCAGCAGCCAGAAUCCCCACCUCUGCCACAGCCCCUCACCCGGCACAUCUCUCUGAGGGAGACCCUGACCCGGGCAGCCUCUCCACAGUGUCCUGAGGAGCCCACAGGUGUGCAUGCUGCUCUGCAAAGGGCCAAGAGCUUCCAGUCUCCAAACCGGAGCAUAUACCAGAACUGGAGAAGAGAAUUCCAGUCCAGUUUGACAUCAAUGAACAAAAGAACUGUGUCACCUCCAAAGGAACCUCCUCCGCCUCUUCCUUUUUCUUCAUCAUCCUCUUCAUCUUCCCUGCCAUCUUCUUCUUCUUCAGCCAGUAACCCUAGGCCUGCUCUGGAAGGCUCCUCUCCACCUCAGGUGACGGCUUAUGAUCCCCCUUCACAGGAUUUGAGAGGUCAUCACAGUCCUUCCACUCCAAUCUUUCUGAGGCGAGCCAGAGCCCAAGGUGGACCCAAGGAUAUUCCCCUGUAUCUGCCUCAUCACCCAGCACUGGAGUGGGCAGAAUACUGCCUGGUGAGCCCCGGGAAAGAUGCAAGCCCUGCUGAAAAGGCCUCCAAUGGAUGCCAGGAGGCAGAGGCCCCUGCUGGGGACACCAGAUGCAACCACAGAGACCCACACCUUAUUGGGGGCAAGGACAGGUGCUCGCCAGCCAUGAGAGAUGAAGAAGACCCAAGAGAAGGGAGCACUGGACCCAGGAGGGAGGAGGAAGGUGGGUCAGACCUGGCAGGAGAGAAGAAGUGUGGCUUAAAGAAGUUAGUCCUCACUCAGGAGCAGAAGACCAAGUUGCUGGAUUGGAAUGAAUCCGUCCCCCAGAGGGCGCACCUCCAGGCUGGGGAGCGACUGUCCCAGAAAAGCGCUGAGAGUGGGCGAGGAGGGCGAGGGCUGAAACCAGUCUGUCCCUUGCUUCUCCCUCAGGUGGCCAAAGAGACCCUGCCGACCCAGAGGGAAGCCUGGGAGGAGAUGGGGUCCCCCGCAGAGCAACCCACAGGGGAGCCCAGCGUGCCUCCACCCAGGUCGCCCCUGCGUGUCAUCACCAAUGCCAUCCGGAGGUCCCUCUUCCCUAGCUCUGAAGGUGGGAAGAAGGCCUGGGCCAAGCCAGACUCCAAAACUUUGCCCACUCCCACCUCCACUCGCUCGUUCAGCUUUUGGAAAACCAGUUCCAGUAAGGACCAGGACCCGCACUCCCCGAGGAGAACCAUGGCGGGCAGGGCAUCAGCCUUCUUCUCUCUGGGCACCCAGGCUGCCAGGGCCGCGCAGUCCUCGGACCUCAGCCCUCCUGACCCUGCCCUCCGCACCCGCAGUUUGCCCAAUCGGCCUUCCAAGGCCUUUCCUGCACUCCUGUCCCCAUCCUGCAGCACGAGUGAGGAUGUCCCUACACUCCUGGAGAAAGUGAGUUCGCAAGAGACCUUCUCGGAUGCUUCCAGGGUUCCAAAGAAAAAAAUCGCGCUUUUUUCCUCUCUCAGACUCAAAGACAAAUCUUUUGAGAGCCUCUUCCAAGAAGUCAGGCAAAGAAAGGACAUCCGGGACCUCUUUGGCAGUCCCAAGGGGAGGGCGCAACCCGUGCUUCCGGAGAAGCUGGCGCAGCCGCUCAGCAGCGCCUCCCUGCGGCGGGCGGGGCCUCCCGCUGCCCCGGAACCUGCAGGCUUCACACACCUCCCCGUCAGAGCACAAGGAACAGAGGCGGCCUCUUUUGCUUCUUCAACCAGCUCCUCCUCUGCAGAUGAAGAAUUCGAUCUCGAGCUUUCCACCCAGUCAAAGGAAAAGAAGACACUGAGGAGACGACGGAAGCUGGAAAAAGCAACGAAGCAAUUGGUUAAGCAAGAAGAAUUGAAAAGACUCUAUAAGGCUCAGGCCAUCCAGAGGCAGCUGGAGGAGGUGGAAGAACAACAGAGGGCGUCCGAGAUCCAGGGCGUGCAGCUGGAGAAGGCAUUGCGAGGAGAAGCAGCAGAUUCAGGCACACAGGAUGAAGCACAGCUUUUGCAGGAAUGGUUUAAGCUGGUUCUGGAGAAGAAUAAAUUAAUGCGAUAUGAGUCGGAGCUCCUAAUCAUGGCCCAACAGCUAGAAUUAGAAGAUCAUCAAAGCAGACUGGAGCAGAAAUUAAGAGAGAAGAUGCUCAAAGAGGAGAGCCAGAAAGAUGAGAAUGAUCUGAAAGAGGAACAAGAAAUAUUCACCAAGAUGAUGCAAGUGAUUGAGCAGAGGGAUAAACUCGUAGACUCCUUAGAGGAACAACGCGUCAAAGAGAAGGCUGAAGACCAGCACUUUGAAAGCUUCAUCUUCUCCAGAGGGUGCCCUCUGAGCAGGACGUGACAGGGACCAGGGUCACUCUCCCUCCCAGCUAACUGAUUGUAUCAUCCCUGGGACUUAAA